AUGAAGACUGCCAGGGGCGAUGAAAGGCAACAAGUUCUACGAGCUCAGUCAGACCACCUGAACAUGGUGAUGCAGUGGCGGACUGCCCAGACAAGAAUGAACCACUUGUCUGAGGAUGCUCUUCGCCCUGGCAGGAAAGACAACCAGCAUGAACUGUUCAAGGUGGAUGUGGAUGCCUGCGACGAAGCCAAAUUUCGUGUGCCUCGCAAUACCUCCAACGCCAAAGCCUUGGAGGCAGUAUGGCGCCCGCAGUUGCAUCUUCAUGGUGCUUUAUUCUGGGGAGUAGUUGAGUGCUAUUGGAUUUUGGAAGGUGAUGUUUUCAAAGACUCGUCUACUGAAGCCACGAUCUUUUCAUAUGCCAUGGAUGCUGCCAUGGGUGAGCUGAAGAAGCGUGGUACCAGUUUGCCACACCACGGCGUCCUAGAGGUGGGUUGUAGCAAAUGCUACUUUCAGUUUUGUAUGGGAAUUAUUGAGCAUCCAUCAUUGCUUUGGAGCAAGUGA